UAAGACUACGCGUGAGUAUAGAACCUACAGUGCGUGAGUGCGAGUGGUGCUGGUGAGCGGCGUACGUCUUCGUAGUACGUAGGUGUGACGUCUGCAUCACAUGUGAUACUUCCUGUCAACCUAAAGGGAGAUGAACGUGAAAGUGGCCAUAGCAUUGAUAGCAUGUGCUGUUGUCACUGAAGGACAUCCCACAACUAAGCAGCAGAAGCCAGAUACUAAUAUCACCACCCUCAGUACUAACAAUGACUACGAUGGUACUAACUACACAACUAAGCCAUUAGCCGAUGUGUUGAACACGAGUGCUGUAGAGACAGAUAGAAGUAAAAAAGUAGAGAAGUACCUGAUUCCUGUUCUGAUGGGUUUCAAGCUUACAAGUUUUGCAGCUGCUGUAUUUACUGCUCUCAAGAUAUUCGUGGUCCAAUCAUUCAUUGUCAGCAAAGUAGCGUUGCUUGGAGCUACGUUGUUGGCUAUGAAAGUCAUUUAUGAGCACAUGCGACACAAGAUUUCCCACAAGGGUUGGGAUGAGCAUUACCACUACAAGCAUAUGUGGCCUCAGUGGUCCCCCUAUCCCUAUUCAGAGGACUGGAGUGCAGCUUUUGAUUCCUACCCUUCUCCAGCCAUGGAUAACUACAGUCUAGCCAGUGAGCCUGACAGGACUACCUUGCCCCAUGUACAUGGCAACAAGACAUUUUCCAUGCGCUCAGACAAAUUAAGAGGAGGGCUGGUGUCAAAGUCUCCGAAUACUAAAAUAGACUAUGGAACAUUAAUCACGAGGAUUACAGAAAGAACGUCCGAUGACUGAUCUAGAGAAUUUCAACAACUGUAGGAACAUUAGUGAUGACAUAUGAAGUUAGCUGCAGUAGUUUUGCGAUUAAUAGUGUAUUAGUACAAGA